AUGAAGCCUGCUCCAAAUGUCGUGUAUCGACUGAGCUACACUCGGCAGUUUGGUCAUUCUCAACGGCUGUCAUCGCCCCAUCUCGAGACUGAACUAUCCGCACCAAAUGGGACAAGAUGGACACAGCCAUUGGGCUUGUUUAUUAACAACCAAUUCAGCGAAAGUAUUAGAGGAGAUAAAAUUGCCACGACCAACCCAUACACGGAACAGGAGAUUUGCUCUGUAUUCGCAGCUGGGGAGCCCGAUGUAGACAGAGCAGUUCAAGCUGCUCGAGAAGCACUUAAGCAACCUUCAUGGAGACUACUAUCUGGUACUGAGCGGGGCUGCUUGAUGAACCGGUUGGCAGACUUAGUAGACGAGCAUAGCGAAACACUUGCUGCCGUCGAGACGCUUAAUAAUGGCAAGCCGCUAUCCACAUCACGAAGCUACGAUGUGCCGCAGUUCUCCGAGGUGCUCCGCUAUUAUGCCGGAUGGGCAGAUAAAAACCAAGGCUCGGUGAUUGAUAUUGGAACAAAAAAGAUGGCCUACACAGUUAAGCACCCUGUCGGCGUAUGCGGCCAGAUCAUCCCCUGGAAUUAUCCCCUUGACACGGCAGCGUGGAAACUUGGCCCUGCCCUAUCGUGCGGAAACACGGUAGUGCUCAAACUGGCUGAGCAGACACCACUGUCCAUGCUUUACAUGGCGAAACUCAUACGCGAAGCGGGCUUCCCCCCGGGAGUUAUCAACAUCAUCAGCGGACGCGGCGGAGAGGCUGGUUCUGCUCUGGCACGUCACCCAGAAGUGGAUAAAAUCUCCUUUACCGGCAGCACAGCGACGGGCAAAGAAGUGAUGCGUAUGGCAGCUGGCACACUAAAGGCAGUCACUCUCGAGACGGGAGGCAAGUCACCGCUGAUUGUGUUUGACGACGCGAAUCUGGAGCAGGCUGUGAGAUGGGCGCACGAGGGAGUCAUGGCCAACCAAGGGCAGAUGUGCACGGCAACGUCACGGUUGUUGGUGCAAGAUGGAAUCUACGAUAGUUUUGUGGAGAGAUUCAAGGCUUUCACAGAGAAGACCUCGGUCCUGGGAGACCCAUUUGACCCCAAGACGUAUCAGGGGCCCCAGAUCAGCAAAGCACACGCAGAACACAUCUUGACAUACAUAUCAUCGGCACAAAGCGCCGGUACUGAAGUUUUCCAUCCCCGUGGGAAAUUGCCUUCAAAGGGCUUCUUCGUCCCGCCGACGGUCCUUACAAACGUCGACACCAGCACAGCGGCUUUUCAGGAAGAGAUCUUCGGCCCAGUUGCAGCCAUUGCGCGGUUCAAGAGCGAGGCAGAAGCUAUAGAAGUCUCCAACGCGAGUCGGUAUGGGCUUGCGGGUGCGGUUUUCACGAAAGACCUGGGGAGAGCACAUCGCGUGGCCCGGGAUCUGGAAGCUGGGAUGGUGUGGGUGAAUAGCAGCAAUGAUUCCGAUACAAGGGUUCCCUUUGGAGGGGUCAAGGAGAGUGGAUUUGGCAGAGAGCUUGGUGAAGAUGGAUUGAAGGGAUAUUAUACUGUUAAAGCGGUGCUUGUGAACCUGACGGAUGAGUGA